AUGCAUCCGCCGCCGCCCGCCGCCGACGCGAUGGAUUUCAGUCAGAACAGCCUGUUCGGCUACAUGGAGGACCUGCAGGAGCUCACCAUCAUCGAGAGGCCGGUCCGCCGGAGCCUCAAGACACCAGAAGAAAUAGAAAGGUUGACAGUCGAUGAAGACCUCAGUGAUAUUGAAAGGGCUGUUUAUCUGCUCAGUGCUGGUCAAGAUAUCCAAGGAACAAGUGUGAUUGCAAAUCUUCCGUUUUUGAUGCGACAGAAUCCUGCUGAGACGCUUCGGAGAGUCUUGCCGAAAGUUAGAGAAGUCCUGCAUGUCUCAGGGGUGGAGAUGCAGUUAACGGCUGCGGUGUCGUUCCUGACCAUUCUACAGGAAGAGUCCGUGUCAAUUCAUACAUAUGCUCACUCCUUCCUCCAAGUCAUUCUGCUACAUCUGGAGCACAGGGACGCAGGAGUCAGCAAUGCAUGGCUGGAAACUCUUCUGUCUGUAAUAGAAGUAUUGCCCAAAGAAACCCUAAGACAUGAGAUCUUGAACCCACUUGUUUCCAAGGCACAACUUUCCCAAACUGUCCAGUCUCGGUUAGUUAGUUGUAAAAUUUUAGGAAAAAUGACCAACAAAUUUGAUGCCCAUACCAUUAAAAGAGAGAUACUUCCUCUGGUAAAAUCACUCUGUCAAGAUGUAGAAUAUGAAGUCCGGUCUUGUAUGUGUCGGCAGUUAGAGAACAUAGCUCAGGGCAUUGGGACAGAACUUACAAAAAGCGUGGUGCUCCCUGAACUAAUAGAACUCUCUAGGGAUGAAGGCAGCAGUGUGCGGCUUGCGGCUUUUGAAACUUUGGUUAAUCUGCUUGAUGUGUUUGAUGCAGAUGACAGAAGUCAAACUAUCCUUCCCUUAGUGAAAUCAUUUUGUGAAAAAUCUUUCAAAGCAGAUGAAUCAAUUCUUAUUUCCUUAUCUUUCCAUUUAGGAAAGCUAUGCCAUGGACUAUAUGGAAUUUUUACUCCAGAUCAGCACUUGAGAUUUUUGGAGUUUUAUAAGAAACUCUGUACGUUGGGUUUGCAACAGGAAAAUGGACACAAUGAAAAUCAGAUUCCACCCCAAAUCCUAGAGCAGGAGAAGAAAUAUAUUUCCGUACGGAAGAACUGCGCUUAUAACUUUCCGGCCAUGAUUGUUUUUGUUGAUCCUAAAAACUUCCACAUGGAACUCUAUUCUACAUUCUUCUGCCUUUGUCAUGACCCUGAAGUACCAGUCAGAUACACUAUUGCCAUUUGCUUUUAUGAAGUCUCUAAACUUCUGAAUUCUGGAGUAUAUUUAAUACAUAAAGAACUGAUAACAUUAUUACAGGAUGAAUCACUGGAGGUACUAGAUGCUCUUAUAGAUCAUCUUCCAGAAAUCCUUGAACUUAUGUCUACUGGCGGAGAAAGCAGUGUUCAAGAAAAUAAGUUGUCGUCUCUGCCUGACUUGAUCCCAGCACUCACAGCUGCUGAGCAGCGAGCCGCGGCCUCCUUGAAAUGGAGAACUCACGAGAAGCUACUGCAGAAAUAUGCCUGCCUGCCCCACAUCAUAUCUAGCGAUCAGAUUUAUUAUCGUUUCUUGCAAAGAAUGUUCACGAUCGUGAUGACAAAUAACGUCUUACCUGUCCAAAAGGCAGCUUCACGAACUCUAUGCAUUUUUCUACGUUAUAAUCGUAAACAAGAACAGAGGCACGAAGUCAUUCAAAAAUUAAUUGAACAACUGGGCCAAGGAAAAAGUUAUUGGAAUAGACUUCGAUUUUUGGAUACCUGUGAAUUUAUUAUAGAGAUCUUUUCCAAAUCAUUUUUUUGUAAAUAUUUCUUUCUACCUGCUAUUGAACUGACACACGAUCCAGUGGCAAAUGUGAGAAUGAAACUUUGCUACUUGUUGCCCAAAGUGAAAUCUACUCUGAAGAUCCCUGCAGAUAAGCAUCUACUUCAGCAGUUAGAAAUGUGUGUGCGGAAACUCCUCUGUCAAGAAAAGGAUAAAGAUGUUCUGGCUAUUGUAAAAAGAACCGUGUUGGAGCUGGACAGAAUGGAAAUGUCGAUGGAUGCGUUUCAGAAAAAGUUUUAUGAAAAAGAUUUGUUGGAUCAAGAGAAAGAAAGAGAAGAACUCCUUCUUAUGGAAAUGGAACAGUUAGAGAAAGAGAAGCAACAGAGCAAUGGGAGGCCCGUGAGUGAGAAAAGCUUUGAAAAGAAACGUAGAGACGCCAAGACACCAACAUCCCUGCCCAAGAGCAUCCCCAUCUCUGUUCCUGGACCUUCUGGAACCAGCACCCCAUCGACAAGCAAAGAAAUCAAGAAAUCCAAACUGAUCCGAAGCCAGUCUUUUAAUAAUCAAGCUUUUCAUGCGAAAUAUGGCAACUUGGACAAGUGUGCUAGCAAAAGUUCUACAGGAGGAUAUACCCCUUCCGUCUCAGGGUUAGGAAAGACUUCUGUGGUUUCAUUAACUGACGACUCCUUCCGCACCCGUAAUGCUGGUAGCGCCGCAGCCACCUUUCCUCCCACCCCUGCCCUGCCUGGCACCUCCCGUGGGUCCAGUAACUCCGUUGAUCCCAAGAGCAGUGGAAGUAAAGACCCACAGCCACGAAAGGCCACCUUAAAAUCGAGAAAAUCCAAUCCUUAAAUCAUCUGCUUGAUGAAGAAGGCAAAAGAAAGACAACUGGAGAUGAUGUGAUUGAUGGACAAAAGCUAAAGCAAUGGCUGGGGUGUUGGGUUUUUUGUUUUGGUUUUUUGUGUUUUUUUU